CACAGCUGAUGCGCAUAUCAAUUGAGCUGACAGCUCGUCGAUAUAUAGAGCAAAAAAAAAGAAAUUCAUCGGAAUUUUCAUGCUAUUGUCAGCUUUUAGCUGUUUACGCUAUAAAAACUGCGACAAAUUCCAAUUGAAAACGAAAACGAAAGUCAAAAGGCUGCUGCAGCAACAACGAGAGCUUCUCGUACACCUCAGCGAGCGGAAGUGGGCGCUGUGAACGGCACUAAGCAUGGAGCAAACUAUAGACGUGGGCUGCGUCAAAGAGGAGCACUGUGAGGCAAUCUGCAAUAUGUUCAAAUCCCAGGAUUGGCAGCUGACCAUGCGACACAGGGACUUGGGACAGCUGGUCAAGAUUGAGCAGGACAUGAGCUUUGUGUGGCAGAGUGGCACGACCAGUGCUGCCACAGUUGACAACAAGGAGCGACAUACGGAGAAGCAUUCACAAAAAAAAUUCCAAAACAGUGUCAAAUCACAGUUUGGUGGGACGGUGGGCGAAAAGCCAUUUAAAUGUGCCCACUGUGGAAAGGACUUUGCGACGAGCAGCAAUCUGAAGGUGCAUUUGACGCGCACACAUUCGGGAGAUCGUGAGCGUCCGUUUUUGUGCCCCACCUGCCCCAAAUCGUUUGCCACCAAUGACAAUCUGCAGAAGCACAUUCGGCGCCAUUCGAAUGAGCGCACCUUGAAUUGCCCACACUGCCCCAAGGCAUUUGCCACCAAGGAUAAUCUGCAGAAGCACAUACGACGGCACUCCAGUGAACGCACCUUGAACUGCCCGCAUUGUCCCAAGGCGUUUGCCACCAAUGAUAACCUGCAGAAGCACAUCCGACGGCACUCGAGCGAACGAACUCUGAAUUGUCCACACUGCCCCAAAGCGUUUGCCACCAACGAUAAUCUGCAGCGACAUAUUCGUGGGCAUACGGGUGAACGUCCGUUCAAGUGUCCGUAUUGCCCGAAGCCAUUUGCCCAGAAUCGAGAUCUCAAGGCGCACAUCCUGGAACACACGGGAGAGAAGCCGUUCAAGUGUCCGCACUGUCCGAAGGCGUGUGUCCGCAGCGAGGGACUGAAGAAGCACAUCUUGCGUCUGCACAAGGACAUCGAACCGGAGCAACGACUGACCGCCAAUAAUGCGACAACCAAGCAAUGGCAGCCUGGCGACAAGUCCUUCAUCAACGACACCAGCGGCAGAAUCUUUAUGUACAAAUACGAUUUAAGCAAAAACACACGAAUUCCAACCGGUGAGGCGUAAACAACUCUCUCAAGGCUCUCAAGGUCCAGAAUCAAUCCGGAACUCCAGCGACUUUUGUCACAAGUGAAACAACUUGCAACCAAAAUGGCAAACAGCAAAAGAAUGCAUUUGAUUUUUGAGCUUCAUCAACUUGGCUACUGAUGACGAUGAUGAAAACUAAACAUUUUAUGUAGCUCUAAUGGCCAGCGAGAUCGAAAGGCUUCCUCCAUAUACGAGGCAGAAAAACCAUAUCAAGUUUGUUUGAUGUGCUUGGCAGGGGAUUUCAAAUAAGUAUGAGGAAUUCACUUGAUGUAAAUAUUUUUUGGGCUAAAGCAAUAGUUUAUUUUGCAAACAAAAUAAAACGCAUUUUACGGCUAUUAAAUAAAACAUAAAUAAAUUACAAACAAAAUUGUGUUAUAAAUUUGCACCUGACUGAAAAUUAAAACCAACCGAAAAUGAGAAGGUUUUGAAUUAGUUGCAGUUUUCAAUAAAUAAAAAUUAAAUGCGUUUCAGAGAUAACCAAAAAGAACCUAAAAGUUUGGGUAACAUUUAAUUUAAAUUCAAGCAAACUGCGACUUAUGUAUUAAUAAUUGUCUAAAAUUCCAAGCUGAUCUAGAAAAUAAUGUAAAUUAAAUUUAAUGGAAUAUGUACAUAAUUUUCAAAUCUCAAAAUUGAAGCAAAAUAACCAAAAAGAUUUGUUAACCAAACGGAAAUUUAGAUUCAAUAAAACUAUUAAUGUAUUUUCUUCAAAUUUCGAUAUCCCAGCAAUCUUAUGCUUAAGUCAAGUAAAUAAAUUAAAAACAACAAU